AUGAGGAUACUUAAUGCAAGCUAUAGUCGGAUGCCAUCAAGAUGUGCAUCGUUAAAUUUUAGGUCUUAUUUUAGUAGCUUAAAACCUACCAUUAAAGACUUAUUCAUAUCACCUCCCAGUAUAGAGUCCACUAUAUCAACGCAAGGACACAUUAAAUCUAUCCGUCAGUUUAAGAAUAUAGGUUUCAUUGACCUAUCAGAUGGAACUACAUUUCACAACUUAAGUGUUGUUCUACAAGACCCAGAAUCAACGCUUUCUGAAUUGCAUUUGAAAGUGGGCCAAAGCAUCAAUGUCGCUGGAAAAUGGAUUGCAUCGAAAGGAACCCAAAAAUAUGAACUUUUAUACAAUCCUGAAGCAAAUGACCAUAACCUUCAAGUUAUUGGAGAUGUAGAGGAUGCAUAUCCCAUUCAAAAGAAAUCGCAAACGUACCAAUUCUUGAGAGGAUUGCCAACUUUAAGACAUAGAACUGCAUCAUUAGCAUCUAUGUUACGAUUCAGAUCAUUUAUGGAAACUAAACUAAUGGAAUUUUUCAAUAGUCAGAAUUUUACAAAGACAACACCACCGUUGAUUACUAGUUCUGAUUGUGAAGGAGCCGGUGAACAAUUCAAAGUCGAGCAGUUGCAUAAAAAAGAAGUCGUUGUUGAUGGUGCUGUUCAGGAGGAGCAUUUCUUUGGGAAACCAGCCUUCUUGACCGUUUCCACUCAACUUCAUCUUGAAGUAUUGACGUUAUCUUUGAAUAGAGCUUGGACUUUGACCCCGUGUUUCAGAGCAGAGGAUUCUAAUACAAAUCGUCAUCUAAGCGAAUUCUGGAUGCUAGAGGCAGAAAUAUGCUACAUCGACCAUGUUAGCCAAUUAACUGACUUUACAGAGGACAUGAUAAGAUAUGUCACUGGUGCAUUGAAGUCCGAAGCUAUAAAUGAACAAUCUAGUGGCCAUUCGACUGAUUUACUAAGUUCCAGGUUCAAGAAAGAGGAACUCGAAACCUUGAAAAACAGGUGGGAAACCAUUAUGGCACCUCAAAAAUGGCCUUCUGUAACGUAUUCUGAGGCCAUUGAUAUCAUUAACAAGGUCAAAAAUAAGAAUAAGCUGAAAAAUCGCUUAACUUGGGGCGACGAUAUCCAGACUGAACACGAAAAAUGGCUUGCUGGUACGCAUUUCCAGUCUCCUGUCUUUAUUACAGACUACCCAAGAUCUCAAAAGCCGUUUUACAUGCCCAAGUCUCAUUCAAGUGUGUACAACCCGGAAAGGCCCACUGUUGCGUGCUAUGACUUGAUUUUACCAGAAAUAGGGGAGCUAGUAGGUGGUUCAAUGAGAGAACAUGACUACGAGAACCUAGUACAAGAAAUGACAAGAAGAAAUAUGAACCUAAAGGAGAUGGACUGGUAUUUAUCAACCAGACUUAAUGGAACAGUUCCGCAUGGUGGUUUCGGUAUGGGCUUUGAGAGAUUACUUUCCUACAUUGGUGCAAUGGAGAACGUUAAGGAUGUCAUCCCCUUUCCUCGUGUUCCCCAAUCAUGUACCUGUUAA